UUUUGAGGGUACUUUCGACACAUGUCAAAACCUUUCUGCGGAAGCGCGUGGGAGCUGCAAGUGUCAAACCACGAGCUCCCUUCGCAGCAGGAGGUCAGCUAGGGUUGUCUUGGGUGAUGUCUGGCCGUAGAAAGCGGCCCGCUCCAGCAGAGUCGGCGGCCUGUCCUCGCCCGCCGGCACGCCUGAGGCACACAACAACAACCGCUGAGGUUGCGGAGAAGAAGCUGCUCGUUGCGCUGGUGGCUACUGCUUUUGUUGUCGCGGCGACGGUCUUUCACGCCCUAAACCCCAAGGCAAAGGCACGGCUACCUGUCCAUGAGCCGCGGCGCUUGGACUGGGACGAGCAUGUGAGAGACUUGAGGCGCCGGAAGGUUUUCAGACGCACGUAUCGCAUGGAGGAGGGCUGCUUCGACAAGCUUGCCGACCUGCUACGACCAAUCCUUGAGCGCAACGACUUCUACGCAAGGAAGCGCACGCGCCACGGAGCUGUGCCGGUAAAACAUCGUCUCGCGGUUGCUUUGCGGAUUCUAGCGGGGGCAUCAUAUAUGGAUGUAGCGGUGCUGUUCGGCAUCGCCAAGGAGACUGUCUUUCACGUCCUCUGGGAGGUGGUGGAUGCUAUUAACAACACGCCGGAAGUCGGACCGUUCUUCUUCCCUCAAACAGUGGAGGAAUGCGCCCGGCAAGCGAAGGAGUGGGAGGCGAAAAGCACCGGCGGCGCAAUCUCCGGUUGUGUCGCUGCCGGGGACGGCUUGUUCGUUAAGACGAUCGCUCCGUCUCCGGUCGACACCCCCAACGUGCUCUCCUACUUUUCUGGGAACAAGAGCGGGUACGGGUUGAACAUCCAGGCGACGUGCGAUGCGAACUACCGUUUUUGCAGUAUGUCCGCCAUUUCGGCGGGCGCGACGAACGACUGGACGGCAUGGAAUCGUUCGGAGCUAUCACGCGCGGUCGCGCGCCUACCGCCUGGGUACUACAUGUUGGGCGAUGCGGCAUACCCUCUCAGCGAUCAACUCCUCACGCCGUACCCGGGGAAGUUGCUGCCACGAGACCAAGACGCUUACAACUUCUACCUGAGUCAACUGCGAGUGAAGAUCGAGCAAGCUUUCGGUAUCCUCGUUGGGCAGUGGGGGAUUUUGUGGAGACCACUGCGGGUUCAGUUCGCCGGUCGCAGCGCCCUCAUCACCGCCCUCUUUCGUCUCCACAACUACCUGCGCGACGAGCAAGUGACGCCGGUGCACCUGACAGAGGAAGACGGGGAGUCCGGUCGCGACCGUCCCGCCUUGACGACAGAGAGGACGCUGCCGGAAAGUUUCCAAACGUCCGGCGACAGUCUGCCGAAGCCAACCAGGUCGGGAGACGUUCCCACCCGCAUGGCGCUGAGAAUGCUGCUGGACAACAGGCGACAAUACCGCCCCGAGUACAACCGGGAGCGCAACAACGCACGGGACUCGUGAAGAGCUGUCAGUUUGCGGCUGGGUGCGGGCUGAAGCCACGCUGCAUUGCGUGCCUGGAAGGGAGGGCGUCCGAAAGGAGGGAGAGCAAAGCUGGAACAGAUGAAGGCGGGGGGAGCAGCGUGCCACGGACGGCGUGGUUGGAGGGGCGUGAGAGAGGGCAAGGGUGGGGCGGUCGGGU